AUGUCUUCUGCAGACUACCAGCCGUCGUCUGAGCUUCCUACGCACACCGACAUGUCUACUGCCGAGACUCCAGCUCCCACCACCAAUGGUGCCACAAUGAAGGACACUCUGGUCGACAACGCAGCUGCGGCCGUCAACACCGUGCAGAAUCACCCCAUCACUCAGAAUGUCGUCAAUGGACCCGUUGCAACCUCCAUCAAGAACGAGGCCGGUGCCACUGCUUCCGAGUUCAGCAACCUUGCUGGCUCCCGCAAACAACCGUCCUACACUGCCGCCAACGACACCCCUCUCACCCACUACCAUUCUUUCUUCUACACCUUGUUGAGCUGGAAGAACAAGCGAGCUACCGGUGUCACCUUUGUGUCCCUCGUCGCCUUCAUCUUUGCCUGCCGAUACCUGCCAAUCUUCCGAUACCUUCUGAAGAUCUCCUGGAUGACUCUCGGUGUCGUUACACUUGCGGAGGCUUCUAGCAAAGCCCUUAUGGGAUCGAGCGUUGCAGGUGCUGUCCGUCCACGACGAUACUACACGAUCCCAAAGGAGACUCUCGAGGCCUCAUUGGAGGAUCUCGAGAACCUGAUCAACUUCUUUGUCAUUGAGGGUCAGCGCAUCGUGUUUGCCGAGAAUAUUCCGGUGACGGCAACGGCUUUCUUGUCCUCGUUCGUUACCUACUAUCUUAUCAGACUCCUUCCGUUCUGGGGAGUGGCAUUGGUUGGAACAGUGGUCGCGUUCCUCGGUCCUUUGGUCUACCUUGAGAACAAGGAAUUGAUUGAUUCUCAACUCCAACAUGCUGGGCAUAUCAUCAACCAACAGACUAGCCAGAUCAAGGAUUUGACGGCCCAGCAGACAAGCAAGGGUUUGGAAUCCGUCAAGCAAUAUACUGGCACCUAUGCUGCAAAGGCUCAAGAGGUCGUUGGAAGCGCCAGACAAAAGAUUCCCUCCCCAACUGCCACCAAAUCUGUCAACGAGGCGGAUUUCCCAGCGGCACCAAAGUCCGACUUCUCAUCCUCGGUCGAGGCACCAAAGUCCGACUUCGCAUCCUCAGUUGAGGCACCAAAGACCGGGAGCGAACGCGAACCGCUCAUUGCAGCUUAA